AUGAGUUCUUAUGUUGCGAACUCAUUUUAUAAGCAACCGCAUGACUCUUACAGUAUGCACACCUUUGGCAACUAUGGUUCACUCUCCGAGCUCCAACAGAGCAGUUAUUGCCACGGAGGGCUGGAUCUCAGCGGAAACCUCGCUGAUCAGGCUUCCUGUAACUCCCUGAAGCGGGAGGAGAUGAGUGCCAGCCUCUGCGUCCGGACCAGAACGCCACCCGAGCCCCUUUUGCUGAAGCAACGGGUUGAAGGAGAUAUGGAAGUGACCGCGAAGCCCAGCGGCAAGAACCGGGGGAACGAGAUCAGAGACGAAAAUGUAGGAAAUCAACAAAAUUGUUCGAUCCAGAAUUCGAAUUCGAAGCUGCCACAGAUAUAUCCCUGGAUGACCAAGCUACACAUGAGUCACGAAUCCGAGGGUAAACGGUCACGAACCAGUUACACCCGCUACCAGACUCUGGAGUUGGAGAAAGAAUUCCAUUUCAACCGGUACCUCACGCGGCGCAGGCGUGUCGAGAUUGCCAAUACUCUGUGUCUGAACGAGAGGCAAAUCAAAAUUUGGUUCCAAAACAGACGCAUGAAGUGGAAGAAGGAUGCAAAACUGAAAGUGAAGGAAUCGCUAUGAAGUCUUGUGUUAGGCCUGAUAAUUCUCUUGUUGUUUAGAUGAAGGAAACACACACACAAAAAUAAACAUAUAGGCCUAUGUUUCAAAAUGUUAAAACUAUAUUUACAUAUAAAUUAUUUGUUUUUGUUUGUUUGUCUCUGUGUGUAUGUAGGGGGGUGGGGCUAUGCCAGUUGCAGUGUGUGAGUUUAAUUCUGGUCUUAUUGCCAUAAUUUUAGUUCUGUUUAUAUUAUAUAACUAGAUACUACUUUGGAGACAAAUGGAGGGUGCUGGCACAUAAUUGACACUCCCCAUCCCAAUGAUACACCCAUCUUUUCUUGUCAUGGCCGCUGUUAAAUUAAUCAUGUGCACGGUUACUCCAACUUCCUGUACAGUUUACAUUAUGGCCUUAAGUCGUCCUAUGAACUUUUUACUUUUCUAUAUGUUAUUGUUAUUAUUGUUACCGCCGUGUGGUUGUGUAAUGUGUGCACGUUUAAAUGCGGCUAACCUUUCAAUGACUGUAUGUCUGAAUGAUCGAAUAUGCCAGAAAAUAGUUUGGGUUUGUGUGAAGUACAUGUAAUAAUUUCAACACUGUUGAAAAUAGUGUGUUCUAGGUAGCUAUGAUAUUCAAAUAAUAUCCGUCUCCACCUUCAUCAUCAGACGUGGCUAAUAUGACUUCACAAACUGGCCUAAAUGUCUUCCUAUAAACUUUUGUAACUGCAAAGUCACGUGUAUGGCUCUUGGAGUUGUUGGAGUUGUUUUGUUGAAAAGUACCCUCAAUAAACUUCUCUGGAUUCCCA